AUAUAUUGUAAUAUAUCUGUAUCACGGCUAAAGCACUUUCUGGAUGGAUGCAAACUGCAUUUCGUUGCCCUGUACCUGUGCAUGUGCAAUGACAAUAAAGUUGAAUUCUAUUCUAUUCUAGUCUAUUUCAUCUGCUUGAAUGUUUCCUGGCUCACACAGUGCUCAACCUGCUAGAUUUUUGUUUGUUAUUAAUUUAUUUCAAAUGUCUAAUCUUAUCUUUGAAUCAAACAUUCAUACAUAUAUACACUAUGUUCAUUAUAAUAGGAUACAUAUGUACUGUCAAACAUUCCAUUCAUGCUCAGCUGAACAUUAAAAUGGACAAAUAUGCCUCAUCUAUAUAGAAUGACAUAAAAUAUUAAAACUGAGCUUAAUCUUCAACAUAAGCAGUAGUCAUAUAAAUUCAUAUACUCUUAAACACAAAUAGUGAAGGUUUCUCUGCAGAAUAAGUACUUGUACCUUUUGUGACGUUCGCCAGUAUUAGUUGUAUUUGUAUUGCGGUGUUCUCAUAGUAUGGCUUCUUAUACUGAAGAAAUGGGUCUAAAUAAAUAAUUAAAUAAAUCCUCCAGCACUCGUUGUUGUCACCUAUUGCUAAUGUUUUGACGCUGGUAGCCUCUCAUACGGUCUAAGAAUUUAAUGCAACUGUUUAUCACAGGAAAAGUGUGACGUUUAGGACACGUGAACCUAACAUUAGCGGGCAUAAUGUUAGCUUAAUAGUCAGCUCAACAGCUGUUGUUAGCUCCGGGCAGGUGACUACAACAAUAGCGAUGAGCCCCGAUGAACGGAUCCGGGGCGGAUGGGCUCGUACAUAAAUGGAUCGAUCUGGGCGGGAUACGGUGGGAAACGACAGAUACCUUAAACUUGAAGACAGGCCAAGUAUCGGUAAAGUCUGCAAAAAAAUCGUAAUCCAAGCUGAUCAAACUUGUAAAGACACAAUAUCAAAUUUAGCCUCCAUGACUUUACUGAUUUAUCCCUAACCCAUUCUACUACAAAAUGACGCCUUAAUAGACUGUCCUUUGAACGUCACGACGUAAAUAACUUUCGGCGAUAACGUCACUUGAACUCCUUUGAAGAAAGGUCUGGGGGGGCGGAGUCAGAGCCCAUAAAUACCCCCCGAAUACAUAACUUGAACCCAUACAUUGCUGUAGUUCUGAACUAGCUGCGGUUUCAGUUUCCCUUGCGAACACUUUACACGUUAUAUAAACUAAACUAAAUACAUUCGUUUCAAAAUGAGUUCCCUAAGCUACUUUGAUAUGCAGAUGCUCAGAAAUGAGAUAGAAAAUUACAAACAAGCUGAAAAACUUCAGCUUGAGGAAAUCCAUGAAAAGAAUUGUAGGAUUUCAAGUCUUGAGGCAUCUUUGACAAAAGAGCAGGAACUGGUUGCAAAGAUGAAAGAGGAGUCCAAAGAAAUGCAGGUGCUCAGAAAUGAAAUACAAAAGUACAAACAAGCUGAAAAGCUUCAGUUCGAGGAAAUUAGUGAAAAGAAUUGUAGGAUUUCAACUCUUGAAGCAUCUUUGAAAGAAGAACAGGAACUGGUUGCUAAGAUGACAGAGGAGUCCAAAGAAAUGCAGGUGCUCAGAAAUGAAAUAGAAAAGUACAAACAAGCUGAAAAGCUUCAGUUCGAGGAAAUUAGUGAAAAGAAUUGUAGGAUUUCAACUCUUGAGGCAUCUUUGAAAGAAGAACAGGAACUGGUUGCAAAGAUGACAGAGGAAUCCAAAGAUGAAAAGAUGGAAAAAAUGGAAAAUGUUUUGCUGGAAACCAAAUCCCAGCUAAGGUCCGCAGAGUCACAGAAUGUAGAUCUCACAAACAAAUAUGAGGCAAAACUUCGGGCUCUUCAUAAGGCAAUCAAACACCUUGAAAAUAAGUGUGCCACUGAAAAAAUGAUGCGGGACAAGAAAGAAAAGGAGGUGGAAUCUCUGGUUGUACUUAAAAUCAAAAAUGAGCAGGAAAAACAAGAACUCAUGAUGAAGCUAAGCAAGACGACUGAUGAAAAAAAUGAAAAAGUUAAAGAACUGCAGAAACAACAUGAGAUGCUUCAAACUGAGAUUCAGAACCAUGAGAAGUACAUUCAUCGUAAUGACUUCCUUGAAAGAAGGAUAGACGAGCUUCUUACACUACCUAGGGAGGUGUACUGCCGUCAACAGAAAGUUAAAAGUGUGGAAGAAGAAAAAGAGAAACUACAGGCUGAACUUAAAAAGUGUCAAAGACAAAAUGAGGAGUAUAGAGCAGGAAAGCGCUGGGCAACAGACGAGAAAAACAAACUGACAAAGAAAAAUGAUGAACUGAAAGCACGUCUUAGGGAGAAGGAACGUAACAAUAUAACGUUGAGGAAAGAGUUAAAAGCCAAAGUCCUGGAAUCUGAAAGUCAGAUAAAGGAGCUGCCAAGGCAACGUUUAACUAUCGACCACCUGGAAAAAUGUCUUAAGGUUAAAACUAAGCAAAUAAUUAUAUUUGAAAAGGAGAUGCAGGAAUCUGGGAAGAAAAUUUCAUCCCAAGAAAAUAAGAUAGCCCAUCUGAAAACUGCUCUUAGCAAAGCAGAAAACGAUCUGGAACUGGAGAUAAAGAGAACUGAAAAUCUUAGGUCUGAUAAAGUGCUCCUUUCUGAGACAAAGUUCUGCAUUGAGAAAGAACUCUAUACAGCUAGAGACACUAUAAAGACACUUCUGAAUAAAAUCAAAGAAAAGGCUCAAGAACUCCAAGAGACGAAAGUAGACCUUGCCAAUGCUAAGACCAGCUAUAAUGCUGUAAAGACUGAGCUGGAUAUUAUCAAACAGCAGCAGGCAGAUCUAAAGACAGAACACGAGAAACAGCUUAGCUCUGGAAAUGACAACCUCUUUGCAGUGAAGUCAAAGAUGACGCAAACUGUGGAGGACAAAGAAAAGGUUGAGAAAGCUCUGGCAAAGUCCAGACACACAGUAUUUAAGCUUGAGCAAGUAAUAGAAGAACUGGAAACUGACAUUGGCAUUCAACGAGAAAAGAAUGCAGUACAGAAAAAAGAAAAUGAUGAUCUGCUGCAACAGCUGAAGGUAAUUUAUGACACGCUCGGCCACACUGUGCAAGUCGAGAAAAAAGCCUCCCCAGAGCAGCAAAGAAAGGAUGGGGAUGAAAAAAUAGCCCAGAAAAAGGUGAGAUUUGACCUGAGAAAUGUGGAAUACUUUCCAUCCAAAGAUGACAAUGAGCUGAAAGAACAACAGAAAGAAAUCAGAGACCUUAAGGGCAAAAUGGGUAACAAGCUUACCACAUAUGACAGUAAGCUACCUCUUAUUUCCACUAGGGCCCAGUCUAAAACUGUAGACAACUCAAACAAGCAGUCUGAGUCUAGGAGCUCACUCAACCUCAAGUCUACUGUUACUCUCAAGGCAGAAGAAGAAAGGGUUCAUCCCCAUCCACCUGUAAGUAAAUCCCAGGCCACUCUACGUAGAGUAUACAAUCCUGGUGCAAAAACAAUCAAGCGCCGGCCUUCAGCCAAACCCAAACACAUCUAAAAAACCCUCCUACCAGUUCUCACACUGACUCCAAAGAAAUAAUCAGCUUUUAAGCUGGUUAAAAAAUAUUAAUGUUUUGUUUCCAAAGUCAAAAUAAAUCACAAAGAGACAAUAUUAGAAAAAAAAUUAAAUACCCGCCCAUCCUGAGGGUGUAUUACAUCCGUAACCCAGGAGUGGCUGUAUUUGCUAUAACAUCAUAAAUGUAAGACAAUAAGGACAUCUCUGCAUGUGUGAGGAAGUGACAUGCAUUUCAUCUAUGUCGCUUCAUCACCCCCAACCGGUCCCGGUAGAUGGCCGCCCCUCACUGAGCCUGGUUCUACUGAAGGUGUCUUCCCGUUAAAAGGGAGUUUUUCCUUCCCACUGUCGCCAAGUGCUUGCUCAUAGGGGAUCUUCGGAUUGUUGGG